GAAACCUUGCAUGAUUCUCCACACAAGACAAGAGCCAAUUAAAGUCGAUGCGAUCUUGUCCAGCAUCAUGUCAUUGGUAGAUGAAGAGAAAGGCCUUGGCAGCAGAAAGGAAGAUUACACUCAAGAUGGCACUGUGGACCUCAAAGGUGGGCCAGUUUUAAGAUCAAAGACUGGAUCAUGGAAAGCUUGUUUCUUCAUAGUAGGGUAUGAAUUGUUUGAGAGAAUGGCUUACUACGGCAUAUCAACAAACUUGGUGGUGUAUCUAGGGAAGAAACUCCAUCAGGGUACUGUUACAUCUUCAAACAACGUUAGCAACUGGGCUGGGGUAGUGUGGACAAUGCCACUCGCAGGAGCUUACAUAGCUGAUGCCCAUCUUGGCCGAUAUUGGACAUUUGUAAUUGCAUCAUGCAUUUAUCUUUGGGGAAUGUGUUUGCUGACUCUAGCAGUUUCACUACCAGCACUGAGGCCGCCGGCAUGUGCUCAAGGUGUGGAAAACCAAGAUUGCCCACAGGCAUCGCCAUUGGCAAAAGGCGUUUUCUUCCUUGCCUUGUACAUAAUUGCAGUAGGCACUGGGGGAACAAAGCCCAACAUUUCAACCAUGGGGGCAGACCAAUUUGACGAGUUCGAGCCUAAAGAGAGAACCCAUAAGUUUUCCUUCUUUAAUUGGUGGGUUUUUAGUAUCCUUAUCGGUGUCCUUUUCGCCGCUACUUUCUUGGUUUAUAUCCAAGACAAUGUUGGUUGGGGCGUUGGAUAUGGCCUUCCAACAAUUGGGCUCGCUUUUUCAGUAUUGUUGUUUCUGGUAGGAACUCCAUUUUAUAGGCACAAAUUGCCCUCAGGAAGCCCUAUAACAACAAUGCUUCAGGUUUUUGUUGCUGCUGGGAUAAAGUGGAAAGCAGUUGUCCCUGAUAAUCCAAAACAGCUACAUGAGCUGAGUAUGGAAGAGUAUGUAACUAGCAGGAGAAACAGAAUUGAUCACACAUCAUCAUUCAGAUUCCUAGAUAGAGCGGCUAUAAAGACUGGAAAAACUUCUCCGUGGAUGCUUUGUACAGUGACCCAAGUAGAGGAAACCAAGCAAAUGACAAAAAUGAUUCCUAUUUUGAUCACUACAAUUAUUCCAUGCAGCUUGGCAAUUCAAACAAGCACACUAUUCAUUACCCAAGGCACCACGCUAGACAGGAGAAUGGGACCCCAUUUUGAAAUCCCUCCGGCAGGUCUUUCAGCAGUUAUGACUGUUUUCACGUUGAUAAGUAUCCCAAUCUAUGACUGUGCUUUUGUUCCGGCGAUGCGUCAGUACACAAAGAACCCCAGAGGGAUCGCAAUGCUUCAGAGACUAGGAGCUGGUCUUGUGAUGUACAUAAUUACAAUGGUCACUGCAUGGUUGAGUGAGAGGAAGAGACUCAGUGUUGCCAGAGAAUACAACCUUUUAGGCCAGCAUGAUAAGAUUCCUCUUACGAUUUUUAUCCUCCUCCCUCAGUUUGCCUUGACAGGGGUUGCUAAUAACUUCGUCGAUAUUGCCAUGUUGGACUUCUUCUAUGAUCAAGCACCAGAAGGCAUGAAAAGCCUUGGAAUAUCAUAUUCCACAACCAGUACAGCUUUAGGAUGUUUUUUCAGUAGCUUUCUGCUCUCAACUGUGGCUGAUCUAACCAAGAAACACGGUCACAAGGGUUGGGUUUUGGAUAAUCUAAACGUCUCCCACUUAGAUUAUUAUUAUGCAUUCAUGGCGAUACUGAGCGUAGCCAACUUCCUUUGCUUUCUGGUUGCUGCCAAGCUGUUUGCCUAUAAUGUUGAUGUAAUACACAAAAAAUCAGGCUUGGAGAUGAACCAUGCAUCUCUGGACAGUGCUAGAAUAUGCCAAAGCAGUGAAAGCACAGCACAACCAGAUGCCAAGUACUAGGAGAAACACAUCCAAAUUCUCUGUUUUAACUAUCUCUUCACAUCACUUAUAGCUUACAAUAACUAUCUCAAGUUCAAUUAUCCUAUAUGCAAUAAAAAAGUGGUUUCCAA